GGUCCUGAGCUAGAGGGGCCCAUUGUAUGUGCUGCACUGUGUUGUCCUGGUCACAUACCACUGAUGGUGCAGCCAGGAGCACAGGAGCAGAAGAGGACAGUCCUGUAGAGAACCCGCAUGGUGAAGGAGUCAGCUUACUACACUCCAGUGUUUUGGAGACAUUGGUGCGACAGAGCCUUCAGCGCUGCUGCUGCUGCUGCCACUACUACUACUGCCUCUUCUGCUGCAACUUCUCUUGAGUGUCCUGCUCCCACCUUUGUGAUAUGUUGGACAUGGGAGAGAGGAAGGAAGUGAAAAUGAUCCCCAAGUCCUCCUUCAGCAUCAACAGCCUGGUGCCUGAAGCGGUCCAAAAUGACAACCACCCUCAGCCACACCACCAGCACCACCACCACCACCAGCACCAUCAGCAGCAGCUCUCCCAGCAAGCGCACCACCUUCAGGCGCACCACAGACCGGUGCAGGAAGACAACGAGCUGGACAAGAGCCUCCUGGAGGUCAAGACUGAGAGUUUGCCCCCUGGCAAGGUGGACUCUGCCUCUUCCGAGCUAGCAGGGGGUGAGGACAAGGAGAAACCCGAGGAGAAGAAGGCUGACGGUGGUGGCAAAGAUGGGGAGAAUGGCAAGGAAGGGGAGAAGAAGAAUGGAAAGUAUGAGAAGCCACCGUUCUCCUACAAUGCCCUCAUCAUGAUGGCCAUCCGUCAGAGUCCAGAGAAGCGUCUGACCCUCAAUGGCAUCUACGAGUUCAUCAUGAAGAAUUUUCCAUACUACAGGGAGAACAAGCAGGGCUGGCAGAACUCCAUCAGGCAUAACCUCAGCCUGAACAAGUGCUUUGUCAAAGUCCCUCGCCACUAUGAUGACCCUGGCAAAGGAAACUACUGGAUGUUGGACCCUAGCAGCGACGAUGUGUUCAUUGGCGGGACCACUGGUAAGCUCCGCAGGAGAUCUACAACGUCCAGGGCUAAGCUGGCUUUCAAGAGGGGGGCAAGGCUCACCUCCACUGGACUGACCUUCAUGGAUAGAGCUGGUUCCUUGUAUUGGCCUAUGUCUCCUUUCCUCUCCUUGCAUCACCCAAGAGCCAGCAGCACUUUGAGUUACAAUGGGACAACCUCAGCAUACCCAAGUCACCCCAUGCCCUACAGCUCAGUGCUGACUCAGAACUCUUUGGGGAACAACCACUCUUUUUCCACCUCCAAUGGCUUGAGCGUGGACAGACUUGUCAAUGGGGAAAUACCUUACGCCACCCAUCAUCUCACAGCCGCUGCUCUGGCUGCCUCUGUACCAUGUGGCCUGCCAGUCCCUUGCUCUGGGACCUACUCACUGAACCCUUGCUCUGUGAACCUUUUAGCCGGACAAACGGGCUACUUUUUCCCCCAUGUACCACACCCCUCCAUAACUUCACAAAGCAGUACUCCUAUGACAGCCCGAGCAGCCUCUGUUUCCACCUCACCCCAGGCUCCCUCCACCCUUUCCUGUGAUUCUCUCAGACCAUCUUUGCCAAGUUUUACAACGGGACUAACGGGAGGACUGUCUGAUUAUUUCACACAUCAAAACCAGGGUUCAUCAACCAACUCUUUGAUACAUUAACAUCCAGGGGAACAGACUGUAAGUGAACAUUUUACAAAAUUUCAAUUGUACAUGAGAAUUGAAAAAAAAAAGAAAAAGCAAGCGAACAAAACAAACAAAAAGACAAGCCCAGGUAUUUUUUAAUGAAGCCCCCCUUAUUUUGUGUACGUCUGUUCAGUCUUAGGGUUCUUUAAUAUUGAGAUGAGGCGUGGUGUCAAAGUGAAAGCUAUGUGGGAGCACAAUGACCUCUGUGAACCAAAUUUGAAGCUACUGUAGAAUGUAUAACAGAUUUGCACCAUAUUGUUUACUCAGUACCAUUUUAUAUGUACUAGUGUCUAGUCAUCCAUGUCUGCAGUAUUAUAAGUUUUCAUGGAUGCUAGAUCUAGUAAUUUAAAGGAAAAAAAAAUCUGCAAAUAACUACUAAAAUGAUAUACUCAAUUAUUAAUUUGUAGUUAUCUGUUAUGAAAGUACAUCUGCACAAUUAUAUUUUUAUUUUUGCCCACUUUCUUGGUAUCAUUUGGCCAUAAAUACAAAUAUGGGUUUUUAUCAUUUUGUUUACUUUUAGACCAAAGAUUGGGAAGUAGAACAAAGCAGAACGUACUGAUUAAUAAAACAAUAUUCACAAAUAGUUCUACAACAAUUCACACAUCAGUCUGCAGCACUCUCCUUGCAAAAUAAUAAUAAUAAAAAAAACACUACAUCUUCAAAAGAUCAGUUCGAGGGGGACAAAUGAUGACUGCCUUCAAUUUGUGUUGUGUAUAUUACAGUGUAUGUGCUCACUAAACCGGUCGGUCACCAUUUUUUUUUUUUUUUUUUUUUUUUAAUGUAGUGAAACGUUUAAAAACCGAUUGUACUUCUAGGUAAUCCUUGCAAAAUAUGUAUAACCCGUGUUGAGUAAAAAUGCAUAAAAUUGAGUGAUUGUUAUCGUUGUCUUAAAAUUUCUUGAUUGUGAUAAUGUGGUCAUAUGCCCGUGUUUGUCACUUAUACAAAUGUUUACUAUGAAGACACAGAAAUAAAAAAUAGGCCAAAUUCA